ACGCAUGCGCCCACUUCCUCCGGCUGGGAGUGGCCGCUCUAGGCAGCGGGGAGGUCGCGGGGUUGAGGGGGCUUGUGAAAGGAGAGCGGCCUCUCCUCUAUGGUUACGGGUCCGGGGCAAGCUCCCCGCAGUGUCUUACUUCCGGUAGCGAAGCCUCUAUCUCUUCCUCUGCUCCCGCGGGGGUCUGGGCUGAGAAUAAUGGCCCGGUUGGCCCGGGACGAGUGGAAUGAUUAAUGAUGUUUUGCAGCAGUUUUCUACGUCUGAAAUUUUUUGUCUCUGGAACCCAGAAUUUGCUAAGAGAUGGAGGAACCUCAGAAAAGCUAUCUGAACACAAUGGACCUUGAGAAAGAUGAACCUCUCAAAAGCACCGGCCCUCAGAUUUCUGUUAGUGAAUUUUCUUGCCACUGCUGCUACGACAUCCUGGUUAACCCCACCACCUUGAACUGUGGGCACAGCUUCUGCCGUCACUGCCUUGCUUUAUGGUGGGCAUCUUCAAAGAAAACAGAAUGUCCAGAAUGCAGAGAAAAAUGGGAAGGUUUCCCCAAAGUCAAUAUUCUCCUCAGGGAUGCCAUUGAAAAGUUAUUUCCUGAUGCCAUUAGAAUGAGAUUUGAAGACAUUCAGCAGAAUAAUGACAUAGUCCAAAGCCUUGCAGCCUUUCAGAAAUAUGGGAAUGAUCAGAUUCCUUUAGCUCCUAACACAGGCCCAGCGAAUCAGCAGAGAGGAGGGGGAUUCUUUUCCGGUGUGCUCACAGCUUUAACUGGAGUGGCAGUGGUCCUGCUUGUCUAUCACUGGAGCAGCAGGGAAUCUGAACACGACCUCCUGGUCCACAAGGCUGUGGCCAAAUGGACGGCGGAAGAAGUUGUCCUCUGGCUGGAGCAGCUGGGCCCUUGGGCCUCUCUUUACAGGGAAAGGUUUUUAUCUGAACGAGUAAAUGGAAGGUUGCUUUUAACUUUGACAGAGGAAGAAUUUUCCAAGACGCCAUAUACCAUAGAAAACAGCAGCCACAGGAGGGCCAUCCUCGUGGAGCUAGAACGUGUCAAAGCAUUAGGCGUGAAGCCCCCACAGAAUCUCUGGGAAUAUAAGGCUGUGAACCCAGGCAGGUCCUUGUUCCUGCUAUACGCCCUCAAGAGCUCCCCCAGGCUGAGUCUGCUCUACCUGUACCUGUUUGACUACACCGACACCUUCCUACCUUUCAUCCACACCAUCUGCCCUCUGCAAGAAGACAGCUCUGGGGAGGACAUUGUCACCAAGCUUCUGGAUCUUAAGGAGCCUACGUGGAAGCAGUGGAGAGAGUUCCUGGUCAAAUACUCCUUCCUUCCAUACCAGCUGAUUGCCGAGUUUGCUUGGGACUGGUUGGAGGUCCAUUACUGGACAUCACGGUUUCUCAUCAUCAAUGCUAUGUUACUCUCAGUUCUGGAAUUAUUCUCCUUUUGGAGAAUCUGGUCGAGAAGUGAACUGAAGACCGUGCCUCAGAGGAUGUGGAGCCAUUUCUGGAAAGUAUCAACGCAGGGACUUUUUGUGGCCAUGUUCUGGCCCCUCAUCCCUCAGUUUGUUUGCAACUGUUUGUUUUACUGGGCCCUGUACUUUAACCCAAUUAUUAACAUUGAUCUUGUGGUCAAGGAACUCCGGCGGCUGGAAACCCAGGUGUUGUGACUGGCACUGCCCAGGCUGAGACUCUUCAAGUCCCGCUGACGUCUGAGCUUUGAUGCUUAAGAGGGGUGAGGCAGGGAGCGGACUUCCUGUUUUCUACCCCCAGUAAAACAAGGUGCUGCUUUGUAUGUCAAAUGCUCCAACCAUAUCCUCUCCCCCUCGGCCUGUGGGUGGCACAAGCAAGGACUGACAUCCGCGCAGGGAGGAUUGUCUGUUUGGCUGACACAGCAGCAGCCCUUCCCACCCAGCCACCUUCCUCACAGGGACUAGGAGGCUCAGUCCCCAAUGGCUGGCAAGACUCAGGGUCCUCAGUGGACAUGGUGUGGGUGACAUCAGAAGGGCAACACAUCAGUCCCCUCCCCAACCUCAGUGACUGACAGAAGAUCCCAGAUCUCAGAGCCUGAGACCAGGCUUACUGGGGCCUGGCCUGUCCUCUAAGUCAAGUUUAGGGAAACAAGGAUAAGAUUCUGUCAUAGGCAUAGGGAGUUGCACAUACAAAAUACCGAAGAAAACCCAAAAUUCAAUCAACAAUUCUGUCUUAUUGAAGAGUUGCUAGGAUUCAGAGUAAAACUCAAAGGAUUCAGUUUGAGCCUAGAAUGAUGGUUAGACUUGUAGUCACUGGGCUUUUGUUUUGCUUUAUGGAAAUCAUUGAAGGUCUGGAUCUCUUUCUCUGAAUGGAGAGAUUGAGAGGGAUGUCAGGCAGUUCCCAUUAGAUUGAGUGGCCUCCAUGUUAUUUAAAAUUGUUUUGGUGAUGCCUCACCCCUGUAAUCCCAGCACUUUGGGAGGGUGAGGCAGGCAGAUCACUUGAGGCCAGGACUUCGAGACCAGCUUGGCCAACAUGGUGAAACCUUGUCUCUACUAAAAAUACAAAAAUUAGCCAAGUGUGGUGGCACACACCUGUAAUCCCAGCUACUUGGAAUUGGAAAUCGCCUGAACCCGGGAGGCGGAGGUUGCAGGGAGGGAGACUGCACCACUGCACUUCAACCUGGGUGACAGAGGAAAACUCUUUUUUUUUUUUUUUUUUUGGAGUCUCGCCGUGUCCCCCAGGUUGGAGUGCAGUGGCGCGAUCUCAGCUCACUGCAAGCUCCUCCUCCUGGGUUCAUGCCAUUCUCCUGCCUCAGCCUCCCGAGUAGCUGGGACUACAGGCGCCUGCCAACACGCCCGGCUAAUUUUUUGUAUUUUUAGUAGAAAUGGGGUUUCACGGUGUUAGCCAAGAUGGUCUCGAUCUCCUGACCUCGUGAUCCACCCGUCUCGGCCUCCCAAAGUGCUGGGAUUACAGGCGUGAGCCACCGCGCCCGGCCGAGACUCUGUCUUAAAAAAAAAAAAAAAAAAAAAAAUCAUCUGUAAAAUAAAUUCCAGGAUAGUCGUUUUGUUCAAGGAAAUAUUUUGUAAAUUGACCUCACAGAUAUAAUCUUUAUUGUCCUAUCCUGAUGUAUAAUACAGCAGGUAUAAUUACACCAAGUGCUCUAGUUAUAAAUGCGGAAUGAAGUGAACUAUGGCCUUUAUUUCCUUCCAGUGUGAACACAGCAGAUGUGAAAUGUCAUCUCGGAAGACUGGCCUUGCAGAAAUAGGCCUACAUCCAAAAUAUUCUCUUGUGACUCCAUGAACCAUUCAUUAACCCUUUGUAUCUUUGAGUGAAGAUUUUACUCAAAAGUUGCAUCUGGAAGUUUGAAUAAAUUACUUGAAAUAAAAAUAAAGAUUUUUAUACAGAUAAAA